UGCACACAGCCUUACCGCGGUUGAUAACGUCCAUGUGACCGGCGGCCGCCAACGACCAAACUAUUAUAUUCUGUGACCAAACCGUGCACGUUGAGAUAACGAAUUACAGACUUGGGAAACUGACGAAUGACAGUCCUCGAUGAACGAUUGAAAUUUUAAAAAUUGCUCCCAUAAAAAUUUGGUAUUGUUACUGCUCCUCGACGAUCAAGUGUACUGAUUGUAUUCGUGGACGAAGGUGUCACGGCUCGAGAUGAACUCGAUCAAGUUAAAUAUACAAGAGACAUACAUCAAAGAAUAUCUAGCGCUUCAAAAAAGAAGCGAUGGUAGGGGUUUGACAGGUUUUCGUGAUGCAUCCUUAAAUAUUAAUUCAAUACAUACAGCAGAUGGAUCAUCGGUAAUAAAAAUUGGAAAUACAGCUGUAGUUUGUGGCAUAAAAGCUGAGUUAGGUAUUCCUAAAGCUGAAAGUCCUGAUGUUGGAUACCUUUUAGUAAAUGUAGAAUUACCUAGUCUAUGCUAUAAAAAAAUUCGUCCUGGAAUUCCAUGUGAUGAAGCAAUGGAAACCACCAGUUUCCUAAAUGAAGUGUGUAAUAAUUGCAAAAUACUAGACCUUCAACAAUUGUGUAUAUGUGUUGAUAAAUUAGUAUGGAUUCUAUCAUGCGACAUAUACUGUUUAAACUAUGAUGGAUCUGUAUUAGAUGCAUGUUUUGUAGCUUUGUUAUCAGCAUUACAGACAGUUAAAUUACCAGAAGUAAAAUAUGACAAAGAAACUGAUGAAAUAAAUGUUAUUGAAGAUUAUAAAUUUCUAAAAUUAAAUUGUUUACCUGUAGCUUCUACUUUUGGAGUAUUCAAUGAUAAAUAUAUUUUAGCUGAUCCAACUGAAGAAGAAGAACAAUUAUGUAUCAGUAAAUUUUCAGUUGUUACUGAUGGUAAUUUACUGUUUUCGUUACAUAAACCAGGAGGAAAUUACAUAAAAGAUAAUCAGAUUCAAAAUUGUGUUAAGUAUGCCAAAAUUAGAGCCAAGACAGUUCAUGAACUUAUAAAAUCAGUACAAUAAAAUUUUAUUUUAUUA